AUGGCGGAACCAGUUACUAUUGAAGAUUUUAUAAAUGAUACGCUUAAGGACAUCCAGUCACCUUCGGUUUCUGAAUUUAGUUCCAAAGUAUCAUCUAUUCGGCAGACUGUCUAUUCACUUGAUGAGAGUCUUGAUUCGGAUAGAGCGCUUGUGUCAAAAUCGAGAAAGUAUGUCAAAGGUGUGGUUUCGGCUGGGUUGUCUUAUGCAGAUUCAGUUUUGGCAUUAUGUGAUCAUCUCGAAAAUCUGGGCCAAUUUGCACAAUCAGAUAAUAACAAUGGAAGCGAUUUAACAGCUGGGUUUUGGAAAUUUUCUGUCAUUCACCGUGAUUUGGGAAAUAUGUUUAAGCAUUUAAUGCAAAAUCUGAACAGCAUUUUAGUUUUCCCCAUGGAUGCUUUCCUUCAAGGUGAUGUUAAAAGUGAUCUUAAAAAGCCCUUUGACAAGUCUCUGAAGGACUAUGAAUGUAAAUAUGAUAAAUUGAAGAAGGAGAAGUUGCAGACAAUGAAGGAAACCGGAAUUUACACCCCAGAGUCCUUCACGUGUGAAAUGGCCGAAAAUCUUGAAAGAGAACGACGUCGAUUACAGUUGGAAGUUUGUGAUUACUUUAUUAAAGUGAAUGACGUGAAAUCUAAGAAGGGAUCCGAUUUCCUGCAACACUUUGUUGACUUUUACCAUGCUCACUUACACUACUUUCGCGAGAGUCUUAACGUAAUGGAACACUUUGGAAAAACCCUUCCAGAUCUUGCUAGCAAUAUCAGUGGUCUUCAAAAGCAGCACGACACCGAAAAGCGUCAGCUGGUUGAUACGCGAGAAGCUGUACGCAAAAAACUGCAGGAUAAUAAGGAUGCAAUGGCUCAACCUAUGAACAGUGGAUACUCUGGGACUCAGGCUUUGCCAAUAAACUUUGCCUAUGGACGCUCAAAGACAGGUUUCUUGUUAAAGAAAUCAGACAGCAAGGUGAUCAAAAGGCUAUGGCAACGCCGUCGAGUCUGCGUGACUGAGGACAAUGAAUUUUGGCUCUACCAUGCCGAUGAUACAAAGCCUCCAGUUCGUCUAUCCCUUCUCACUUGUCAACUUAAAUUACCUCCCACUUCCAGCCAACACCCGGAUCCACAAUCCCAAUCCUCUUAUGACACAUCAGUUCCCAAUACAGACGCGUCGGAUAGUGGUCUUUCUUCUAGUAAUGUAUCUAAACGCUCAUUCUACCUUGUUUCAAAUAAUAGAACCUAUCAAUUCCAGGCAGAAGAUGAUAAGGAUUUUGAAGAAUGGACCAAUGUGUUGUCUAAUGCACUGCAAGCUGCUUUUAAUGAAGCUAUGCUCAGUUCUGAUUGUCAAGCAUCACUCUCAGAUCAUGACAUUAUGACCACUUCUAUGCAUCGACAUUCUCGUCGCAAUGUUAUCGGCAAUGAUGGCGACCUUCUCGAAUCAUCGCCUUCCUCUACUCUCGGUUCAGAUGAUGGAAUUUUGAACCUUAAUAAUAAUGGUCUCUCUGGUGCUGCCCUCCAUCAAAGUAUUCAGAGCGUCAUGCGAUCAAAAGUGCCUGGCAAUCUAGUUUGCGCCGAUUGCAGUCGACCAUGUCCGGAGUGGGUCAGCAUAAAUCUCGGUGUGUUAAUCUGUUUGGAAUGCUGUGGAACCCAUCGAGAGCUUGGUGUUCAGUGCUCUCGUACCCAGUCUCUUGUUAUGGAUGAUCUCAACACUUCCCAAUUAAUGCUCCCCCGAUUUAUUGGAAAUAAAAUGUUCAAUGAAGUCUACGAAUCAGGCUUGCCAGAUGGUGUGAAACCGGUCCCAGAUUCAGAUAGCACAAGUCGGCGGGUUUAUAUCCAUUCCAAGUAUCUUGAUCGUAAGUUCGUCAUAAAGCGAUGUCAGGAAGGUGAAAGCGGGGUUGAAAUCUUGAAUGCCAUCGUCAAUGGUGAUUUGCGCCUCUUGAUUCAUGCUCAUGGCGAAGGUCUAGAUCUCAGUUCUUCAGUUGAUGUUGCCGCCGAUUGUGACACUAUUUCAGAUGUCAAGGUAGCAGCUGGUGAUACUCCGCUACAUGUUUCAAUAUCUGCGGUAGCUGCUGCAGUUCAACAUCACAAACCUUCGAGUGUUCGUCUUGCUAUUGUCCAAUUUAUUCUUCAGAAUGUGCCUUCCGCUGUCAAUCUCCUGCUUCGUGCUAACAAGGAUGGUGAAACAGCUCUCCAUUAUGCUGCAAAGUACGCACUUCCAGAUGCUCUUCGAUUACUUCUGGGCGUUGUUGGGGGUGUAGGCGUCGGUGCAUUGGGAGCCGUUGUGGGUGAGGUCCAUCCAAACAUGAUUUUAACCUCCGAGAGCGCCUCGAAACAGUCCCCGCUCUCCUUGAUUGAAUCACGUUUGUCUUCUCCUGGCACCACUGAAUUGGAAACUAUACGCCUCCGGCGAUGUGAACGCUUACUUCACCUUGCUUCUGAUGCUUUCGGAGAUUCCCCGGUGGAUAGUAUUGAUUUCCCUACUGCUCAGGAUCAGGAGACAGCAGCGAGAAAGCGUUUACUCGAGGAGAUUGAUGAUCUUGAUAGUGUUCGGUGGGAUGAACAGUCGAUUGGCUUGGAGGAUGCUGACGAGGAUGAAUUGAGUAGGACCUUUAGAGAGUCACUGGCUGGAGCUCUAAAGUCAAAGUCUCCCACUGUCUCUCCCAGUGGUGAUGACUGGCGAGGGUCAGGUGCUAACAACAAUGGCUCGGGCAGUAGUUGUCGUCGUCACAGUCAUAAUCGCCUCAUUAGCACUCCUAAAUCUUCCGCAGCAUCUGCUCUUGCAACCCUUCCAAGAAAGAAAGGCCCUGCGCCUAAACCUCCUUCAACUGAGCAUAGUGGUUCAUCAGGAGCUUGGUACUCUGGUACGACACUCGACUCUCGCUAUUCCCGCACAUUGGCAAGCAAUUUCCGCUCUACGCCAGAGCAGCCCUCACAAUCACCACCUCCUCCCUCAGACCACAUCGAAGUCCUUUUGGACGUUUUGGAAGAACAUCCUGACACGACCAAAACCUCCCCUGGGCACCUUGAUGGCUAUCAAAUAGCGCACUCGCCUCCUGUUGCCAAGGCGAGGGUCCGAGUGCCAACACCAAAGAAGACUCGGCCUCAGCGAGCCCUGGCUAUAUAUGACUGCGAAGCCGAAAACCCCGACGAAUUGACUUUUAAGAGGUCGGAAAUAAUCGUUGUGGUAAAGGAUAUCGAAGUUAAUUGGUGGCUGGGCUACAUUGAGGGCCAACCACAUAGGAGAGGACUCUUCCCAUUGACACAUGUCAAACUCCUUCCUCAAUGA